GCCCGUCGUUUUUCCUCCUCACAACCAAAAACGGCUACAUAAUUCUGUGCUUCAACGUUCAACAUCGACACCAUUCGCUCCAGAAUUUUGUGGCCCAGACGAGCCUAUCUCGCCUGGAAUUUUUGUGGUCGGUCCCAUCCGUCUAUCUCAAGCUGCUAUGGCCUUGAAUUCGCACCGGUGUUAUCCCGUAGACAGUCGCAUUAUACUGUUUCCGAGUCAAUAAUGCCCAAAAUCACUGUUCCACCUCUUCCUGUGUCGUGUCUACUUGGCAUGAUCAAACCUUCGGGACCAACUUCAAUGUCUUUACUCAAUGACAUGCAACCGCUCCUUUCCAAAUCACGGUUAUUCGAGCAGCCCCCCGUAGGUGCACCCAAAAGAAAGAAAAAGCGCUCCAAAAAGGUAGGUGAUGUCAAAGUGGGUCAAGGAGGCACGUUAGAUCCUCUUGCGGAUGGGAUUUUGGUGCUUGGAGUUGGUAAGGGUACCAAAAAACUCACGGAAUUUCUUGAUUGUACCAAAGAAUAUUACACGACUUGUCUUCUGGGCUGUGAAACGGAUUCAUACGAUAGUGAAGGGGCUCGAGUCCGCCUUGCACCCUGGAAACAUGUCACGAAAGAAAAAGUGGUGGAAGCAUUAAAGAAGUUCAGAGGAGAAAUCAAACAAACACCGCCCAUCUUUUCCGCUCUAAAAAUGGAUGGCAAACCGCUCUACGAAUAUGCGCGCAACGGAAUUCCACUUCCUAGACCGAUAGAACCUCGAACAGUGACCGUGCAUAGUCUAGAGCUGGUUGAAUGGAAAGGAAGUGCCCACUCAUUUUCGUGGCCCGAAAAAGCCCUCAACGAAGAUCAGAAAAAAGCGAUGGAAGCCGCGAUACGAGGAGUUGACAAAACUGCGACCAUCGAAGACGAUCCGGAGAGUACUGUACAGGAUGAAAAACCGAUAGCCUUUGUUAUCAAGAUGAAGGUCUCCGGUGGUACUUAUGUUCGUUCGUUGGUCCACGACCUUGCGCAUGCCCUUGGUUCUGCAGGACAUGUUGUGACCUUGACUCGAUCUCGUCAGGGACGAUUCGUACUUAAUUCUACAGAAGAUGGUGACCGAACCUGUAUACCCUGGUUAGUCUUCGAAAAAGCCCUGACUGAUCCUGGUGCAGCUGAUGAAGAUGGAUGGACUGAGUGGGAACGGGAGGUUUUACAGCAUAUGGAAGUAAUAUGAGGCCCCCUUUAUGUAUCCGGGACGAGAAGGUCAAUAGAGGUCAGAAACUCUUACAGAGAAACGCCUAUAUAUAGGUAUAGGUACUAUAGGACGAUGGGUAUGGAACCUUGAAACUGGAAUACAAGCCUUUCCCGAGUGCCGUCCAAUUAUGUUGCAGACUUUUGGCCUUAG